AUGAGCGAACCCAGCAUACUGGACCGACUCCUGGCCCUUGACACCAACACAGUCUCGGACGCCCUAGACUUCCUCGAGCUCAAGGGAGCCAGCUACGACGUCAAACCGCUCUGGGACUGCCCCAAAAUUGUUGGCCGCGCCAGCACAGUGAAGGUUGGCACCAAGCAGGAGAGUGCGCCUCCGACAGUUCAUCUUAUUUCUCCAGUCGUCGACGCAAUAACAACAAACGACCGCAUUCUCGUCAUUGCCGGGGGCACCGACGGUGUCUCCUGCUGGGGCGACAUCCUCGCCAAUGCCGCACAAAUGAAACAAAUCCGGGGAACCAUUAUCGACGGAAUGUGCCGGGAUAUUGACGGCAGCCGCGAGAUCGGAUAUCCCGUCUACGGACGUGGCGUAACCAUGGUCAGUGCACGAAACCGGAUAGUGCAGAUAGAAUCUGGAUCGCCUAUUCAGUUUCGCGAUGGCGGAGUCACUGUGAACGAAGAUGACUAUGUCAUUGCCGAUCGAUGCGGGACUGUCUUCAUCCCCGCUCAGCGCAUACUGGAGGUGGUCGAACUGGGAGAGCGGAUUGACCAGCGGCAAGCACUUAUGGUCCAGGACGUGCGAACAGGCAAGCCAGUGUCUGAGGUUAUGCAUGACACCAAAUUUGAAGCCAUUCACCCACAACAAAAAAAGACACCAUCGCCCGAUGCACCCGCAGGGUCUUGUAGUCGCAACCGCAAUUCCAAAAAAGCGUCUGCCGAAGACCAGGAGCUGUCAGCGCUGUUUGCUGAUUUGGACACGCCAGCGGUCUCGGAUGCCCUGGACAAACUCGGGAUUCAUGGGCAGCCAUUGAAUAUCAUGCCGUUGGCGAAUUACAGCAAGGUAACGGUUGGGCCGGCCUUCACGGUGACUUACCUCCCCGCCGGUAACCCACCGGGAAGCGUUGGUGAUUUCAUUGAUGAUGUUGCGGUGGGCGAUAUUAUAGUUAUUGAUAAUAACGGCCGCGUGGAUUGCACUGUUUGGGGUGAUAUCAUGACUCAGUACGCUGGACUACGUGGGAUUGCCGGGACAGUGAUAGAUGGUGUGUGCCGCGAUGUAAAUCGCGCAAUCAAUGACGGCUACCCACUCUUCACUGCUGGUCGCUGGAUGCGGACCGGUAAGGAUCGAGUGCAGGUAGGGGCGGUAAAUCAGCCGGUUAGUAUUGGCAAGGUGCGGGUAUGCCCUCGUGAUAUUGUGGUUGCCGAUGCAAACGGCGUGGUUAUCGUUCCUCGGGAACGGGCCCGUGAUGUCGCUGAGAUCGCACGAAAGAUCGAGAAGAGCGAAGAGAGCAUUAGAGAGCUGAUUGCCAGGGGCGCCACUAUUGCUCAGGCGAGAAAGGAUCUGGGGUACCAUACGCUACAGCGCAAGAGUUAG